CAUGUAGACACUUCUGAGCAGUUGGAGCAUUCCCAACCUUGCCUCGGGUGUAGGGAUUGCAAGGAGAAAGCAAAACUGCACGGCCUUAUCACUGUGUAGUUUUGUUUUUAGGGGAUAUUUCGAGGUUCAACCGUUCUCUUCUUGGAUUUUGUGGAAUCUUCUUUGGAUACGGAGACUGUUGCUUAAGUCACCUGGGCCUAGUCCCAUCAAUUGAAGGCAUCCUUGUGGAUACAAGGUGCCGAGCAACAUGUCGACACAGGCGCCAACAUUCACGCAGCCGCUGCAAAGCGUUGUGGCACUAGAGGGUAGUGCUGCAACGUUUGAGGCUCAAGUUACUGGUUCCCCUGUUCCUGAGGUAAGCUGGUUUCGUGAUGGCCAGGUCCUUUCUGCUGCCGCUCUUCCCGGCAUUCAGAUCUCGUUCAGCGAUGGCCGCGCUGUUCUGAGGAUCCCUGCAGUGACCGCCACACACAGUGGAAGAUUUUCUGUGAGAGCCACCAAUGGUGCAGGACAAGCCACUAGCACUGCUGAGCUCCUAGUUACAGCUGAGACUGCGCCACCCAACUUUGUUCAGAGACUUCAGAGUUUGACAGUAAGACAAGGAAGCCAAGUGAGACUGGAUGUUCGUGUGACAGGAAUCCCUACACCUGUGGUGAAGUUCUACAGGGAGGGAGCUGAGAUACAGAGCUCCCCCGAUUUUACGAUUGUUCAAGAAGCAGACCUUUACAGUUUACUGAUUGCUGAAGCCUUCCCAGAGGACUCUGGGACAUACUCUGUAAACGCCGCGAACAGCAGCGGAAGAUCUACCUCUACUGCUGAACUCCUGGUUCAAGGUGAAGAGGCCGUGCCUGCGAAGAAAACCAAGACUGUGAUUUCCACUUCUCAAAUGUCUCAGAGCCGCCAGACCAGAGUGGAAAAGCGGGCCGGGGCUGGUUUCCAGACCACCACCAUGACUGAGAUGCAGGUAGAAGGAGGCGGCAUGACUCAACAUUUAGCACACAAGACUCCCCCAAGGGUUCCUCCCAAACCCACCUCCAAGUCCCCCACCCCACCGUCUCUGGUGGCCAGGGUGGCCGGAGGUCGCCAUCAGUCUCCCUCCCCGGUCCGACACGUGAAGGCCCCCACGCCCACGCCUGGCAGGCCAAUUUCUCCCUCCUCAAGAGUCUCGGGGUCCCCCAUCAGGCCUGUCAAGUCCCCCCUCACCAACCGCAAACAGAUGGCUUCAGGGGCCGACGUCCUGCCCCCCUGGAAGCAGGCCGGCUUCAUGAGUGAGGCCAGCUACACCUCUAUGACCUCCACCUCUACCCAGCUUAGAACCUCCUCCACUCAGAUGCAGAUGGAGCAGCACUGGGAACAGCAAGUGAUGGCUGUCAAAGAGGGGGAGGGAGUUGGAAGAGUAGGGGCAGUGGCCACCGUGAUGGCUGCUGUUGACCUAGCUCGUGUUCGUCAGCCUGUGCAUGUGGAGCAAUCUGGAGCUGAAGAGGAGCCUGUAGCCCUACAGCUGCAGGCUGCUGCUCCACACGUUAGCCUUGAUCUAAAUGUGCCACUCUCCCAGAUUCAAAGAACCACAGAAACCAGCAGCCAGGUGGAAGCUGGUCUUACCCCUUCCCCUCUUCCAAAGUUCACAGUUUCUAAAGUUACUGUUCCUAAACAUGACUCUAGCUAUGAGGUCUCGAGGGCAGGCUCUGCCAUCUCCUCUCUGCAGAAAGACUUAUCCUCCCACUCAACCACUAGAAUGAUCAUCAAACCAGUCAAGUCUCCAAGUUCUUCUUGUAGGGUUGUGGAGACACGAGUGACCACAGAGCCCUCUCUGUUCAGAGAUGUGGUGUACACAGGCAGCAUGGAGGGGAUGUAUGAGGACUGGGAAGCCCUGGGGAAGGAGACUGAGGGUGCUGCUGUACCCACUCCCACAGAGAGUGUCGUUCCGCCCACGCUGCUGGCUGGCUUAAAGAACCUGACUGUUACAGAGGGCGAGUCUGUGUCUCUGGAGUGCCAGAUCACUGCUAAUCCCAGCCCGAUCAUCAUGUGGUUCAGAGAGGACUACAAGAUCGAGAGCUCCAUUGACUUCCAGAUCAGCUAUGAGAAUGGAUUUGCACGUCUGGUGAUCCGUGAAGCCUUUGCUGAAGACAGCGGCCGCUUUACCUGCACAGCAACCAGCGAGGCUGGGACAGUCAGCACGUCCUGCUAUCUGCUCGUACAGGUGUCGGAAGAGAUUGAGAGCCGAGAGGAAAUGGUUGCCAUCUCCGAGCAAGUGCACAUUUCUCAAGUGACAGAGGUGUCAAGAGAGGAGACAAUGUCCGAGAUCAGCAUAACUGAGUCUGAUACCAGUGCUGCCAUUGCACCAUUCUUCAUCAAGAAGCCCAGCGUCCAGAAGCUGGUGGAGGGAGGAAGCGUUGUGUUUGAAUGCCAAGUCGGAGGAAGCCCUAAACCACAUAUUAUCUGGAAGAAGAGUGGCUUGCCCCUCACUACCGGAUACAGAUAUAAAGUAGCCUACAAGAAGGAGACAGGAGAAUGCAGAUUGGAGAUCUCCAUGACCUUUGCUGAUGAUGCAGGAGAGUACUCUAUUUUUGCCAAGAACCAGCUUGGAGAAGCCUCAGCUUCCGCCACUCUGAUGGAUGAAGAGGAAUAUGAAGCCUUCAUGAAGAAACUAGAAGCUACCUUUACCACUCAAGUGACCUCCAUGGUGCUGGAACCCAGCGUGGGCGAUGUUGCUCCUGGUGUUAUGUCCUCUCAGAGGACCACCACCAUUACAUCUGGACAGGUCAGUCCUCUAUCAUCGGUCAGACAAAUUGAAACCUGAGCUAAAGUAAGAUCCUUAAAGUAGUAUUACGCUCACAUUAAGUCACACA